AUGGCUGAGCAGUUCCAGACGCGACAUGGAUUGAAGUUGAGUCGACGACAUAGUGACGCAUUGGUGAGCUCUGCCGAGGUGGAUGUGGAGGCAGAACGGGGCAGCAUUCGAGACGAUAUUGCGGUGUUUCUAGCUGGUAAUGAUACUGGCAAUGGUGAUGCGGAGGUGAGCCGUUCUUUGGAUGACGUGUGGAGUGUGGGGAUGACGACAAUAUACCUCGAGUGUAGUCCAAUCAAGGGUGUGGAUGGUACCAGCAAAAGCAGGAAGCGAACCGGGAUCUCAGUCGGGCUGGUUGUGAAUGCAGCGGGGACGGAGCAUUUGGAACCGUUCUUUAUCGAGCAAGACGAUGACAGUGGGGACGAGCAGGCUCUUACUUCUAAAGAUUAUGCUAGUACUCGCGCCGAGUGCAAGGCUUUGAGUAUUUUCCAGGCUUGGCUGCAGUCUAGAAAUCAGCUGCUCGUCGACGCGAAUCGACAUGUGCUGCUGCUUGUACCCAAGUCUCGUGAAAUAAUGAUUGAAGAAGCAACCGUGUUUUCUAAUAUCUGCCUACGACUCGUGCCACCAGCAGUGGCAAGCCAUGUUCAACCGGGCAGCAUUGGGCUUACGAGAAUCUUUCAGACGAAGUACCGGGAGCUACUGGUGAAUCGGGCCGUACACAAGCUCCAUAACGAUAAUGACGGAAUUAUUCAAGCGGCCGAACUGUUUGAGUUAGGCACCACAGACACGAUGGGGUUAGCGACGACAGCCUGGCAAUUGGUUGGCUUAAGCUCAAAGCUGGUAGUUAGCUGCUGGCAGAAAGCUCGGAUCCUCCCCACUCAAGCAGGUUCGACUUUUAUCGAGGCAGAUGCGUGCAUUUCAAUUGCCAUCAGCGAGGAGCUGGCAAAGCUGGAGGAAGCGAUACAAGUUCUGAGUCUAGAGGCAGAAUCUUGCGGUGUUCCGAUCACAUGCGUGAGUGCGGGCAAAUUUGCCUGCCUCGGCCUUGACAAAGCCCAGGGUACUUACUUAUGCGUUGCGGAGCUGGCCCACCCCGUCGUCCCGCAACAACAAGUCAAGCAUAUCACCACCACGGUCGAUAGCCCACCAUCUACACAGCAAGAAAAGGGCUCCACAGAGUGCUGCUCAUCGCCCAACGAGGAGAACAGCUCAACAGAUGCAGACCUUCGAGGCAUUAUAUCCCCGGUGCAGCAAGAAUUAUCCAUCUCCCCCGAAGUCGUCCUGCACGCUCAGACAACGCUGGAGCGCUACUGGGCGCAGAACAAUGUGACCCUGUCGCCAGCAGUUCUCGACGUUUUACAGCAAACUCGGGCUCAGCUCAUGCAGCAUCAUGCGUCAACAUCGUGA